AUCAUUUCUGAGUGAAUGUCGAAAAACAUCUGGCUGUCAUAUUUUACUAUAUACAAUUUUCGCGUGUGUGCUGUUCGUUUUGUAAAUCUUUUAAAAGUUUUCUGAAUUUUUAAUUAAAUACAAGAGUGUUUUCUUAACUUUUGAUUUAUAUUUGCAUAAAAAAGGCUGGUUCCUGAUUUGGAAGGCAUUUUUAUCGAAAUUCCGUUUAGUACGCGAACUUUUGGGACAAACCAACGCUGACGGAACGCCACACUCAAACGGAGAAUCUACAAGUCUAACAAGUAGUUCUCUGUCAACACAAAACAAAUUAAAAAAACUAAGAAAAGACUAACAGCGACUACUUAUUCGCCUAGUCAUAAAGCUCUCGCAAUAAUCCUUCAAUAUCACACACAGUACUUAGUCUAAAAACAAAUCUUUCAUUAUGAAUAUUCGUUGUGCUAAACCCGAAGAUUUAAUGGCCAUGCAACACUGCAACUUGUUGUGUUUGCCAGAAAAUUAUCAAAUGAAAUACUAUUUCUAUCAUGGUCUCACCUGGCCCCAAUUAAGUUAUGUAGCAGCCGAUGAUAAGGGCAAUAUUGUAGGCUAUGUACUCGCCAAAAUGGAAGAACCCGAAUCUGGAGAGGACAGCAAACGUGGCCACAUUACUUCACUGGCAGUUAAGCGUUCCUAUCGUCGUUUGGGUUUAGCUCAAAAGCUAAUGAAUCAAGCUUCCAAGGCUAUGGUUGAAUGUUUCGAUGCUCAAUAUGUGUCUUUGCAUGUGCGCAAAAGUAAUCGUGCUGCCUUGAAUCUUUACACAAAUACAUUGAAAUUUAAGAUUAUUGAAAUCGAACCUAAAUAUUAUGCUGACGGCGAGGAUGCCUACGCCAUGAGACGUGAUUUGGGAGAAUUUGUUUCGCCCAAUGCUAAACAGGAGGCCGAUAGUGAGGACCAGCAAGAUAAUAAGGAAAACAAAAUUCAUUAUCGCGAAUCAUUACCUCAUAAUCACGAUCAUAGCAAUCAUGAUGGCCAUUGCUGCUAAAAGAUAUAGUAAAAAAAAACGAACUGAAACAACUAUUGCGAAAGUUGUAGCAAUUAAUUAAGCAAAUUUAUGCGUCUUAGUAUUUGCAUACAAUAAAACAAACUAAUUAUUUGCAUUUUUCUAGAAAUUUUUAUUAUUUUAUCGAAAUGAUAAACAUUUAAUUUUGUUUUCCUUUAUUUUUUUGUAAUUAUCUCAAUGUAAAGCAAAACUAAAUGUCCAAAUUCUUUAAUAAAGAAUUUUUGAAAAACAAAA